CUCCAGCAAAGCAGCAGCUAUGAAUCCUGCAUUAAUAUUUGUUCUAUUCAUUGCCGCAUCCAGUGGACGGUCCUUCCCAAACCGGAGGAUAAUGAACGGCAUCGAAGCAACACCCGGUCAGUUUCCACACCAAGUGUCACUGCUUCUCACGUUCGGCGAACAAACAAUGCAUUGCGGAGGAUCACUAAUAUCUCAUCGUUAUGUUCUUACUGCGGCACAUUGUUUGGACCGAUCGGAGGGAGGUUAUGUCCUAAUAGGAGCUCACAAUCUAGAUGAAAAUGUGGAGGAUCACAGGAUACGGAUAGAUUUCACUCCGGACGAUUAUAACAUCCACGAAGAAUAUUUCAUGAUUUCAAUGAGAAACGAUAUCGCCACACUGAGACUAUCUUCGGAUGUUCCAUUUUCCGAUUACGUUCAACCAGUACAUCUCCCGCGAUGGACGGAUGGAGAUUUCACAGAUUACACCGGAACUAUCGCUGGAUGGGGACAGUACCAGGAUCCUUCGACGGGAUUGUCCGCUGUGCUCAAUUACAUAACCAAUCCUAUCUACAGCAAUGAAUGGUGCAAGGAGCGAUUCAUCAUGGGAAUGUUGAUUGAAGAUCAGAAUGUGUGUAUGUCUGGAGCGAAUGGCCGAUCUGCCUGCGUAGGAGACUCCGGUGGACCAGUUACGGUGCAGGUCGGACCCAACACGGUCCAAAUAGGAGUGUUUUCCUUUGGACCCGCUUCACACUGUUUGGAUGAAAUUCCCAUUGUUUGCGCACGGGUCAGUUACUAUUUAGGUUGGAUUCAAGCCAAUAGCGAUGUUAUAAUUGAAAUGUGAUAAGAUCGAAGUUCGUUUAGAAAUAUAAAUAAAGA